GCGAGCACGAGACAUCCUCCAAUCUCACCUGGGCACUCUUACACCAUUCCUUACCAAAUAAGUACUUGUACAGAUUCACCUGCAAUGGACGGGAAUUGGAACCUGGAAGCCCUGUAAUAUCACGUGCCUUGAUGGCAUGCUGAGGGCUGCCUUAGAUUAAUUGGAAAUGGGCUGAUCCAAUGAACAUAUUAUCAGUUGGGACGUUACGUAGCGUAGCGACACAAGCUCUCCUCCCACUUCCAAUUCUCUGAUACGCAUCUCCGGCUCAAGGAGCUUCCUGGAUCUAUGAGAAUUUACCCCUCGAAAAUUGAAGACGGGAUCCAAUCUCUUGCUGCUUCCUUACGUUAAAAUUUAAGCUUCGAUACACUUCUUGCCUUUGGACUUAUCUGUAUCUACCUCUCCCCCAUCUCUUACAUCACUAUAAAAUACUCUCCUUUACUUGAAAUACCGUCUCUCAAAUCCACAAUCCCCAGAUUCUCAAUCCCUUCGAUCUAACAAAAUGGUCAAGAAAGUUCUUGUUGGUUACGGUGUUGAUAUUGAUGCCGUCGCAGGUUGGCUAGGAAGCUAUGGUGGGGAAGAUUCAACAAGUGACAUCAGUCGAGGUUAAUGGAAUUUUCUUUCACCCCACCUCUCACAUAUACCUAUGCUUCUAGGAUGGAUCACUCACAUAUAUCCACCAGGCUUGUUUGCUGGAACAAUUGGUGUCCGUCGUCUUCUCAAACUCUUCGAAAAGAAUAAUAUCAAAGCAACAUGGUUCAUGUAAGCAGUGUAUUCCACUAAGCAAUCGAACUAUUGCUCUUGAGAUUUACCAACUUACAGCAAAAGUUUGAGGGGAAAUGAUCUCCAGACUACAUUCACAUCUUAUACCAUCCAACCAUUUCUCUUCAUCCUCCACUGCCAUAUAUAUGAACUAACUCACAACUCCAUCAGCCCAGGUCACUCGCUAGAAACCUUCCCAGAAGAAUGCGAAAUGAUCCGCGACACAGGUCAUGAAAUCGGUCUCCACGGCUACACCCACGAAAACCCCGCCGACAUGACCCUAGAACAACAACGAGACGUCCUCGACAAAACCUACCGUCUCCUCACCACAUUCUGCGGCAAGCCACCCCGAGGAAGCGUAGCCCCCUGGUGGGAAACCUCCAAAGAAGGAGCCGAGCUCCUGCUCAGCUACGGAAUCGAAUACGAUCACAGCAUGUCCCACGAUGACUGCCAAAUGUACUGGUUGCGCGUAGGAGACACCUGGACGAAAAUCGAUUACACGCAAAAAGCAGAGACCUGGAUGAAGCCGCUUGUCAAGGGAAAGAUGACUGGCUUAGUGGAAAUUCCUGCUUCGUGGUAUAUUGAUGAUUUGCCGCCUAUGAUGUUUAUCAAGAAGUCAGUCAAUUCCCAUGGAUGGGUUAACCCGAGGGAUGUGGAGGAGUUGUGGAUGGAUCACUUUGAUUAUUUUUAUGAGAAUUAUGAUGAGUUUGUUUUUCCUAUGACGAUUCAUCCUGAUGUUUCGGGGAGACCGCAUGUAUUGAAGAUGCAUCAGAGGUACGUCUCUUACUCACUCAAUCUAAGAUGUUGCUAACGACAUCUUGUAGAAUCAUCGACCAUAUAAACAAACACGAGGGCGUUGAAUGGGUAACCUUUGAGCAGAUGUCUGAUGACUUCAAGAGCAAAAAUACUCCCGCUGAGGGAGCUAUGAUGCCUGCUGCGCCUGGCGAAAUUUUGAAAAAGUAG